AUGUAUGUGCCCACCUGCAAGCUGUCCAUCUCCAAGAGCAACAGGGAGGACACAUGGUCCUCAAAUACAGUUGCUGUCCCCAGGACGUGUUUUUCCAUUCAAUAUUUUCAACUGAAGCGAACAGAAACGCCUGUGGUGGCAUCAGUACCUGAACAACCUCACAAAGUGGUUGCAAGUUACAAACCUUCGAAGUUUGACAAAAAAAUCCUCCUCUGGACUGGACGUUUCAAGACAGAAGAAGAGAUUCCUCAGAGGAUCCCGCCAGAGAUGCUAGACAAGGCAAGAAACAAAGCUCGAGUUAAAGCUUGUUACAUCAUGAUUGGACUCUCCAUUGUUGCCUGUUUUGCAGUGAUUGCCUCAGCUAAGAAGGCUGCUGCACGUCAUGAGUCCUUAACAAGCUGGAACCUGGCAAAGAAAGCCAAGUGGCGGAAAGAGGCCGCGUUAGCAGCGGAGUCAAAGACAAAGUAA